GUGUGUAUAUAUACCAAUCAAACAUUUUAUUGCAAACUCAGGCUUUGAGAUCUGGAUUCUACUAUUGAAAAUAAGGGUGAGAAAUAAAUAAACACCCAGAAGAUGGAUCUCAAGGCUUCGUCUUCUCUCCUCUGUCUCGCCAUCUUAUUCGGUGUUUCUUCCAUUGUAUCAGCCGUUAACAUAACCCGAGCACUCGAGAAAUACCCUGAAUUCAGCACCAUGGUUGAGCUUUUCGGCAAGACCGAGCUCACCCCUAUUAUCAACAAACGUCAGACAAUCACCGUGCUAGCUCUCAGCAACGAUGCUAUCGGUUCCAUCUCUGGUAGACCUGAGGAGGAGCUCAAGAACGUUCUUAUGAAUCAUGUAGUUCUUGACUACUUUGAUGAGCUCAAGCUCAAGGCUCUAAAGGACAGGAGCACAUUGCUCACUACCCUUUACCAAUCUACCGGUUUGGGCCAGCAGCAAAACGGUUUCCUCAACUGCACCAAAACUAACGGAAAGAUUUACUUUGGGUCUGGUGUGAAAGGCGCUCCUCAAACCGCUGAAUACAUCACUACCGUGUUCCGCAACCCGUACAAUCUCUCUGUGAUCCAAAUCAGCAUGCCCAUUGUGGCUCCUGGACUCGGAUCUCCGGUUCAGGUUCCUCCACCACCACCCAUGACACCACCACCGUCUCCAUCUCCCAAGAAGGCUGCAGCCACUCCAGCUCCUGGACCAGCCGAGGAGGAGGAUUACGCAGAUUCUCCUCCUGGCGCAGCUCCAGAAACCGCACCUGCAUCAGCCCCAUCAGAAGAUGGUUCUCCUGCUCCGGCUCCAGGGAAUGCUGGUAAGAAGAAAAUGGCAGCAGCUGAUGAAGUUGAACCACCUACUUCUGCUUCUAGCACAGGUUUGAGUUUUGGUGCCGUUCUCGUUCUCGGGUUGGUGGCUAGUUUUGCUGGGUUCUAAAAUGGUUUAAGACAGAGCAGAGUCGAGGACAGUUAACUGAAUAUGGGAAUCGAACAUGGUGAUAUGAAGUGGAUCAAUACUUAACAAAUUCUACUCACAUUAAUAAACCUCAAAAUCAUUUAUCAUUAGGGAAUUAAAGUGUGAUGUUCAACAAUGUGAAAUUUUUACUGAGAUAUUGUAACCUAUGUGUGUUUAUCUUCAUUCAUCAAUUCAACGUGUUACAUUCGAACAAUAAAUUUUCAAACUAGCAAAAAAAAACAAAAUUCAAAUUAGCACUAUGGAAACGGUUCAAGGCAGCACCCUCCUGAAUCUUUACCAUAUGGAAUAGUCUGCAAUAUAUAUGUCUUUCAUUUCAAUCGGAACCUAACGACUUCAGAGCUAAACAUCCAGAAAUGUUUGGCAAUUUGGUUUUGUCCGAGGAACUAUUAAUAAAUAGAGUUAAUUCAGAUGAGAUAAGGAUUGCAAACUUCAACUCUUCCAUAUACAAUAUUCACCAAGAUAAUCUCCAACAAGGAUGAUUGAUGAUAUUGAUACAUACAAAUUGAAUACAGUG